AAAAGAAAAACGCCCGUCAAUCCGAAAUCAAGCGAGAAGAGACCACGGGUGUUAGCAGCUGAUGUACAAUGGUGCAUUCUGAACGUCAGUGAUCUUACUUUAAAGGUGUUUGCCCUGGAGUAUGGCCACUACGAUCGCAGGCGCUGCCACGCUCGCUAUAAGACAAUGCUUACUAAC